AUGCUGGCACUUGUGUCCAGUUGGUUUGAAGCCUUGAUGCCCGCAAAGUGCGUUGGGUUCAAGCUGGCCUCGUUUGUAACUGCAGCCAUGGCGCUGGUUCCGCAUGAGCCAGCAGGCUUUUCAAAGUCUACUUUGUAUGAUGGCCUGAAGCUAGUCAUGGUUCCAGUCAACGAAGAGGAAGAGGAAGUGCAAAUGGAUCCGGAGAAGGGACCGUUGGUUCUGCAACUUGACGGCACCCUGACACAUCUUCAGACCGUCCGUGGUAUUGCAGGAGGUGGUCAGAUUGGUGAGAAGCUCUGGCCACAGAUGACCUCGACAGAGCAGACAUGUGCACUUUACAUCUGUGCGAAGAAAAAUCGCUACAUCAAGGAACGGCUGGAACACGAAAAGUAA